AUGGGCGGGGUGACGUCAUCCAUGGCGGCGAAGUUUGCGUUUUUCCCGCCGAACCCACCUUCUUACGGUGUCGAAGUUGUGGCAGAGACAGGGAAGCUGAGGCUAACGGGCGUUGAGAACGUGAAGGAGAACGUUGAAGUGUUGAAGCUGAAGACUAAGAGAGGGAAUCAGGUGGUUGCGGCGUAUAUUAAGAACCCUACAGCCUCACUCACUCUUCUCUAUUCCCACGGCAACGCUGCUGAUCUCGGCCAGAUGUUUGAGCUCUUCUCCGAGCUCAGCCUCCAUCUUCGCGUCAACUUGAUUGGGUAUGAUUAUUCGGGUUAUGGGAAGUCUUCAGGGAAGCCUAGUGAGCAGAACACAUACUACGAUAUAGAAGCAGUGUAUAGAUGCUUAGAGGAGCAAUAUAAUGUGAAGGAACAAGAUGUUAUCUUAUAUGGACAAUCCGUAGGAAGUGGACCAACGUUAGAGUUAGCUUCUCGGUUACCAAACCUAAGAGCUGUUGUUCUCCACAGUGCUAUUGCAUCUGGUCUUAGAGUCAUGUACCCUGUGAAACGAACUUACUGGUUUGACAUUUACAAGAAUGUUGAUAAGAUAUCUUCUGUAAAAUGUCCUGUUCUGGUGAUUCACGGAACAUCAGAUGAUGUUGUGAACUGGUCUCAUGGGAAGCAACUAUUCGAACUUUGUAAAGAAAAGUAUGAACCGCUUUGGAUCAAAGGAGGGAACCAUUGUGAUUUAGAGCUAUAUCCACAGUACAUAAAGCAUCUAAAGAAGUUUGUAUCAGCUGUUGAAAAGAAGCCUCAGGUUUCUAACGCGUGUGUGCCACAAACAGAGAUGGCUAGGAGCAGUACUGAUGUUAGAGAGGCUGCAAGACCAAGCACAGACCAAAGAGAGAAGGCAAGACCAAGUAUGGAUCAAAGAGAGAUGCCAAAGCUGAGUACUGAGAGUAAGGAUAAAGCGAGAGCGAGCGUUGAUAAGAGAGAAAGAACGAGGAAAAGUGUUGAUGGGUCUGCAGAACAGCAGAUACAAACAGAGAAAGCGAGGAAUAGCAUUGACAGGUUUGGGGAGAUGAUAAGAUCUGUAGGAUUAUGCAACAUAGAUUGUUUCAAGCCUACAUCAACAGCUAAAUGA